GUUUCUUUCAUCAGUCAUAAUUCUAGAAAAUUUACACCACAUAUCAUAAAUAACUUCAGCAGAGGAGAUGCUUUUGAAUGCGCUAUCCCACCAACAGCUGCAAAGGACUGGAAUUCAGCAACGCUUGCAUGUUAUUCUGAGUCUCAACAAGUUUUGGAUCCAUUUAUUGUGAAAUCAAUUCCAUCAGAAAAUCAAUUACACUCGUGGAAGAGGGACAUUAACAACAAUGGUAGAAUGAAAUACAUUCAGACAUAUUCCGGUACGUUAGACAUCAAUUGUAUCAAUGUCCUGUUGAAGUUGCACACUGCCAAAAAUAUCCAGGCAGCUGUACAACAAGAGGUCAACUGGUUUUCCAAGUCAUACAACAAACCACAGACAGUCUCGCAACAUCCACCAUAUUCCUCGAUUGCAGAUUUCCAGAAAAUGCUUUACCUCAACAGAUAUGAUGCAAUAUGCAACGAAAAUGGUAUGACACCAAUGGAGUUAGCAAUGGGAUGCGUUAACCGUUGGCUUUCUUCUGAUCACAUAACUUGGAUGAUGAAAACCUUAACAGAAUCCCAAAAUGAUACAUAUUGCAUUUUUUUGAAUGGCGCACUAAACACAGAUCCAAAAACUUACCGCCGAUUCAGAAAUGGAAACGCUAAUCUUCCAUCGAAAUUUAUCUUUGCACUUAAUGUCGGUCGGGAUGAACGUGGAACUUUCCUUGGUGCUGACGACAAGCGAGGUUGUCACUGGACUUUAUGUCAUGUCGAUAUCGUGGCAAAGAAAAUUGUCUACGGGGAUUCCCUUGCCUGGCCUUUUCCAAGUG